GUCACGUCCAAGAGACUCUCAAACCUGCCCGUCGGCCGAACCCCCUCACGGGACUCUGAGACGCGAGCUUCGCCCAACCCAGCAGCUGCAUGUUGCCUCGAGCCCCCCUCAUCGUCAGUUCUCUCCUCCUCCCGAUACAACCGCCGCCCAGGCAUGCCACCAUCCCAUCCGACCCCCGACAGCGACUGCAACGAUGCCAUCGACACGACGACGCACCCACCUGCCACUGCCGGCUUCGCUCGCCAGACAACCCCCCCAGUGGGCUGGCCCGCUCGCCGCCCAGAGACCAGCUCGAGAGCUCCCCCACAGCGCAGCUCAGGGGCCGCUCCCAUGCUCCCAAGGCAUCCAUCCAUCCAUCCAUGGGCCCCAUGGGUCUUUGGCCAGUUCUAGCGCCCACGCCGCCGCUCCCGCCCCGCCCAUGGGAUCCUAUUCGGGCACUCUGCGGCGCCGAGACCGCCCGGGCCAGGCACUGCCAAACGCCAGGCGGGCACCAUGAGGGUGAGGUGAGGUGGACGAGAGGAGGAGGAGGAUGGGGCAUGACUGAUUGACGGGCGACGAGGGAGCGAGGGAAUAAGAUGAUGUCGCGCGCUCAUCGCAUGCCAGCUCCCUCCCUCUCUUCAACCCUCAUUGCUGGCCAGCUGCACGCCCGUUUUGCGACGCAAAGACAAAGGCAAUCGACCAUCCGCCACGGAUUACCCGGCGCUCUCAUCAUAGGUACCGAGUUACGCACCGAGUACAUUUUGCACAAGCCCCGGCAAGCCGCCCUGCGUGUCGCACAGCAUCCGCCCUCGACAACGUCAUUCAGGUACGCCGCCGCGCCCAGCCACUUCACCACCCUCCACUACCCUGCCACGCGCCCCCCCAAAGAGGGCACGAGACAAAAAAGUUUGAAUCAUUGUGCGGUUGCGUCUGCGGCGGCGGCAGCGCCCGCCCCUUCGUCCGGCCCGGUUAGCAAACCUGCUGGGCUUGGCCUGGCUGGGCUGGGCUGGGCUGGCCAAGCCGAUGACACGCUUCGUCGCUUCGCUUCCCAACGUCGCCGCAGCUCUGACUUCGACUUUGCCUUUGUCCCUCUCUCCCCCUCUCCUCCUCUCCUCCUCUCACACUCGUCGCGUCAGCAAUUCACCUUUUUGGCACCCUUACUCACCGUGCAGCAGCAGCGCGCGCGCCCGUCCUUGUUUCGGCUACCGCAAGCUUAACGUCGGCGUCUCGGCACAAACCGUCCGCGGCCCCGAGCCGUUCGCGCACUCCGCUGCACUCCGGCUUCCCCCACACCCGCUGUCGCAAUUCCGCCUCGGAAGCACCCUGGGGCCUGGCCUGAGUAGCCGACAAACCCCGCGCUCCCUCCCGCUUCUGCAUCCCCUAGCCGCCACCUUUUUGAGCCGCCUCUGCCCUACUCGCUCCUAUACUUCCUCCGCCAUCAUGAAUUCUGCCGCGAGGAUUCUCUCUUCCUCUUCCCGCCAGAGCUUGCGCCGUCUCCAGAUUCGCUCCGCCGCUCCCGUCCCCCGUUUUGCCCCGACCUUUGGAGCCGUCCAGACCCUGUCCGCAUCCGCCCGCACCAUGGCCACCACGCGCAAGAUCAAGGUCAAGAACCCCGUUGUCGAGCUCGAUGGCGACGAGAUGACCCGUGUUAUCUGGAAGGAUAUCAAGGACAAGUUCAUCUUCCCGUACCUCGACAUCGACCUCAAGUACUACGACCUGGGCCUCGAGUACCGUGACGAGACCAACGACCAGGUCACCCUCGAUGCCGCCGAGGCCAUCAAGAAGUACUCGGUCGGCGUCAAGUGCGCCACCAUCACCCCGGACGAGGCCCGCGUCGAGGAGUUCAAGCUCAAGCAGAUGUGGCUCUCCCCUAAUGGCACCAUCCGUAACGCGCUAGGCGGCACCGUCUUCCGCGAGCCCAUCGUCAUCCCUCGCAUCCCCCGCCUCGUCCCUGGCUGGGAGAAGCCCAUCAUCAUCGGCCGUCACGCCUUUGGCGACCAGUACCGCGCCAAGGACACCGUCAUCAAGGGUGCCGGCAAGCUGUCCAUGGUCUACACCCCCGAGGGCGGCGAGCCUCAGGAGAUCGAGGUCUUCCAGUUCAAAAAUGGCGGCGGUGUCGCCCAGACGCAGUACAACACGGACGAGUCCAUCACGGGCUUCGCGCACGCCUCGUUCAAGCUAGCGCUCGACAAGGGCCUGCCCCUGUACAUGAGCACCAAGAACACCAUCCUCAAGAAGUACGAUGGCCGUUUCAAGGAUAUCUUCCAGGAGCUGUACGACACGCGAUACAAGAAGGAAUUCGAGGCCAAGAACAUUUGGUACGAGCACCGACUCAUCGACGACAUGGUCGCCCAGAUGAUCAAGAGCUCUGGCGGUUACAUCAUGGCCCUCAAGAACUACGACGGCGACGUCCAGUCUGACAUUGUCGCCCAGGGCUUCGGCUCUCUCGGCCUCAUGACGUCUGUCCUCAUCACCCCUGACGGCAAGACGUUCGAGUCCGAGGCGGCCCACGGCACCGUCACCCGCCACUACCGCGAGCACCAAAAGGGCAACGAGACGUCGACCAACCCCAUUGCCUCCAUCUUUGCCUGGACCCGUGGCCUCAUCCAGCGCGGCAAGCUCGACGAGACCCCCGAGCUCGUCGCCUUUGCCGAGAGCCUCGAGCAGGCCUGCAUCGACACGGUCGACGUUGACGGUAUCAUGACCAAGGAUCUGGCCCUGGCAUGCGGCAAGAAGGCCCGCUCCGACUACGUCACGACCACGGAGUACCUCAACGCCGUGGAGCGCCGCAUGAAGAACAUCCUCAAGGAGAAGCUGUAAGAGGAGGACCAUUUGCCCCUGGGCGAGCGGGCUGGCGGGCUGGCCACGUAGAGAAAGAAUACCCAAGACGGCGCUGUCCGUCGUGCAUCUUUAUCAGGGCAAGCAGGGCUGCAUCGGCUUGAAUCGGCGUCUGCAUACAUGGGAAGACGGCAUCUAUAACCCUGCGCUCGAGGACGCGGGGCCGUCGCACGCAUGCCGCUAUGCGGCGGCGCGGCGGCGGCGGCGGCGGCGGGUAGGUAGACCGGCAGCAGGGCGGCGAGUAGACCAAGUGCAUGUAGACCAUGAUACAAGAAGACAAGUUCAUGACAUUCACGCCAAUGCGUAUGUAUCCCUACGGGGCACGGAAUAGAAAAAAAGGGAAAUAGUAU